UGCAGAUGCACUUUUUCGACAAUGAGGGCACGAGGCUCUACCACCGCCUCCAUCACCACAGGCUUUCUUUGUUCUCGACACAACCACCGAUUGCAUCUCGUCCUGUUGAUAUCCUGGUACUCUCGUUCAAAAUGUGUCGGAUCUGCGGCCGCGUGGUCAAAUGCAUAUUUGACACGAUGCCCUCAAGGGUGCACCAUGUUCCCAGUCGGAGAGCCUUUACUACUGUCCGACGACUAGCAACACCUACCUCGAGCGUUGCAAAACCUAUUCAGUCAUCGACACCCUCAUUAACACGAGCAUUCAGCGCUCUUUCUGUGCGCACAACCACAUCCCCAUUUAAGUCCACCACUUCUUCACCUCUAAGUACAACUACAACUCGUCCGUCGAUACCAAGCGUGUACGCUUCAAGUCGCAUACUCCCGAUAUACCGAUCAUUCUCAGCAUCCGCGGGCCUCUUUGGCUACCGAAGACGAUCCGAUACAUACAACCCUUCGCGGCGAGUACAGAAGCGAAGGCACGGAUACCUUGCUAGGCUCCGGUCGACAGGUGGAGUGAAAGUGCUCAAGCGGAGGAAGCUGAAGCUUAGGAAGGAUCUUAGUUAUUAAAGGCAGAUUGUGCGGGCGUUAGCAGGGCGAAUAUGGCAAUGAUGGCAUCGAGAUAAAACGUACGCUCUGAGUUGAAUACGAGGAGACCAUGUAUAGUAUCACGAUGACCACAUAUGGAGCAUUCGGGUUGACAUUGCAGCAAAUACAGUAAA